GGGCAGUUAUGGCAGGAGUGGCCGCACUAUGGCGGAAGACGAUAGACUACAUGAAGACUAAGGAGUUCCGGGACUACCUGACCAGCACUCACUUCUGGGGGCCCGUGGCCAACUGGGGCCUUCCGCUGGCGGCAUUUAAGGACAUGAAGGCGCCGCCGGACAUCAUCAGCGGCCGUAUGACAACAGCUCUCAUCUUCUACUCGAUGGCCUUCAUGCGCUUCGCCUACCGCGUACAGCCUCGGAAUUUGCUGCUGAUGGCCUGCCACGGCACCAACGUGGUGGCCCAGAGUAUGCAGGGGGUCCGCUACCUACGCCAUCACUAUGGUGGGGGCACUGCAUCGGACACAGCGCCUGAAGCCCAAGACCCUCUUCCGGCCACCACCAGCCCUGGCGGGGGCGGCCCUGAUCAAAUCUCUGCACCUUGCAAGCAUUGA